AUGACGAUGAGUUUCGUGGAGCGCAUCAUUCGAGAUGCGCCGUUUGUCAAGUGGUGCGAACAGGUUGGUGGUGGCCGUGGCCUCGCAAAAGUUAGGCCAUGCCUAGAUUUUAAAAACGAUUGUAUUUCAGGAAGAAUCGCGAAACGCCGAUUCGAUCGCCCUGUACACUUUGAUCCGCGAAUUCGAGUCCAAGUGUUCGUCCGGCUCUCCGUGUCUGUCCCUUCUGAAAUUGGCGCGGCACAUCCAUCGAAAGUACGUCAGUUUGAACACGGGCACGUGCCACGUCAUCGAUGACGUCACACGGACACACAUGUCCAGGCGCGUUCAUGAGGUACGUACGUUGAAGACAAUUUCACUGUUUCGUUCGCAAUACCUGUCAAGUGCUGGUUUGUGGUUGUGCGGGGCACUCUUGUACGUGGCCGCGCACAAACACUCUUCAUUUUUCACACUUGAACGCACAAGAUGAGCAUUCCCGCUCGCUUGCCACGUCACCACCCCAUUGGUGGUCUAGAAACGCUUCUGCUCCUCACUAAUUCCAUGGCGCACCGUCUCCAGAGCUGACAAUGGGCGCAAGAGCGAUACAUUGGCGCGAAAUUCAAAUUUUAACAGCAAAAUUUGUGUUUUUCGUCAGAUUAGCCACGAAAAAUCGAUAAUUUCUCAUUUGUCUCUCGAUACACCGAUUGUAUAGGCUAUUACGAAUUUUUUAAGCGCAAGAGCGUUAAAUUUGGUCAAGUCGCAAAUCAAAUUUAUUCGUUUGAAGGUUUUUGGCUAAAACUGCGUGAAUUUCAGUUGCUUUUCGGUAAUUUUCGCGCUUCGAGCGCUCAGAAUGCUUGUAUUUACGUGAUUUAUCAUUCUCAAACCAAUUCUGUCUGAAAACGGUCAAGAAAGCGCAAAAUGAGAAGUGCGGUUUUUAGGCGGCGAAGGCGAAAAAGCGAAAUCCGCGAAAAAUGAGCGCCAAAACGUCAUUAAUUCUGUGAGAAUUAGUGUGUUUUCAUGUCGAACAAUCAUUUUUUAUCGCCGUUGACCACAAAAAUCGGAGAAAACCUGCUCAAUUCAUGAAAACGCCAUUUGGCCGCUCUGGAGACCGUGUGGCGUGGCCUGCGCGGCCUAGAAUCCGAUGGAGUUUUCUAGGCCAAGUUCGCCGCUUUCAACGAUGAAAUGUUUUAGGUCUUGGACGGAAAAGCACCGUACACGGAGCUGUUCGACCCGCUGAAAGCGCCAUUAUCCAAACACUUACGAUCGAUGCACACCGAAUUUUCGACGACCACCGCUGAUGUCAACACUACUGUAGGUUCACUGAAACGGGCCGCAUUUUUUUUUGUCGACUUCUCAAUUUAUUACUUAAUUCAGUGGGAAGAGACCUCGUCGACUAGUUCUUCCAACAAAGGAGGAGCCACUGUUUGGUGAGUUGUACUUGUUUUUUCUAGAGAAACCCAAAAAUAUGGUUCGCGCACUACAGUAAUCGAAUGCGUAUAUUUUCAGGUUCAAUGAGGACGCGAUGGACCGCUCGUCUCGUCACGAUUCGGCCCAAAAUACAGUAAGCCACGAGUCGGAGGACGAGCGGUUUGCAUUUUUCAACGCGGUCUGCACGAGACUCAACUCGUUACAGUUCGUUUGUAAAUUCUAGACAACGCAGCUGAACAAAAAAUUCCAGUUUCAAAGAGAUCGCCAAAAGCGCAUCGGAAACCGAAGAUCACUCGAGGGCCGACGAAGCACACGUGGCAAAAGAGGCGUCGAACAAGAGCGCCGCGUACGGAACGGACGGAUUCGCGCCGCCGCCGCCGCCGCUGCAAAGAACGAAUCUGCCCAAGAGAUUCGAGUCGCUCUAUCGGUCAGUUGUUGGGUCUCGACACGAACGAAUCCACGAGAAUCCCAUGAGUUUUCAGAAAAAAGCGUCAACCGGUGGCGACGACGUCCGAUUCCAGCGGAUUCGGAAGCAACGCCAGCGAUUUUUGGAGUUUUGAACGUAAUUUUUCCGUGAAAAAAGCGUUAGGCCAAGAGAAUCUCAUUCUUUUCAUUAAAGGAUACGGUCGAUCGAAUGUCGGCACAUUGGAACGUCCUCAUCGAUUAUUUCCGGGCAACAAUAACGGCUUUUCGACACUACAACAGUUGGUUUUAUCGAUUUUUUUUCUGAUUGAAAAACUUGUCGACAUUUUUCUGUUUCACUCGAAUAUUUAGUUCAAAUUUCGCAAAAUUCUAAUCGAUUGUCUUUGUUUAUUUUUGUUUUCAGCAAAAAGCGACUUGUGGAUGCGCCUCAAAAACUGACCGUCGAGUUGCGCUACGAGAACGACGUGCCGAUGGUGGCGAAAAUUAAUUCGGCUCAAAAUGUGACACUCGGAUAUUUUCGCCACUUGUUCGGCAUUCAUUACACCGAUAAUUGCAGGUACGACCAGCUUGUUUUUGUGCAAAUUGCUUUACAGUUUCAAAAAAAUAAUUUAAAUGUUUGCAUAUUCUAAUCCGACUGCUUUAUUUCGGGGUGUUAAAAAAUUCAAAAAAUUAGAAAAAACAACUUUCCAGAUUUUUCUUCAAAUCCACGUGCGAAGACGGCUCCGCCCACUACCAAUGGACGCUUCUUUUUCACGACGACGAUCGUCUUCCGAUUUUCCACAAUCGCAUCACCGCCAUUUGUCGUUUGUGCCCUCCGCCAGACGAGAAUUUAAUUUAA